GUGGUUCGUUUACAUUGAUCUACUUUAAAUUUUAAUUUGUAACCUGGUGCAUGAACCUAGAUUUAGUUGUCACGUUUCGUCUGAUCUGGUGAUUUGUUACACUUGGAUGUAUACAAAUAUUUCGAGUACAUCAUCAUUUGAAAGUGUACUAGACUACCUUCUAUAAUUGACCAGAGCGCAGAUAAAAUUUCCAACUCUGCUAGUGUAGUAUUAGAGAAGUAUUUAAAAAAUGGCAACCUAUGAGCUAACUUUUUUUUUCGAAACUUAAACAAUACAGACUUUUGUUUUCCGAAUCAAAUUUAAUACUUCCACGUUUCGGUGCGGUUUAAUCAGAAUGAACUCAGUGAGCUAAAAUCUGAAUACAGUGGUUUUGAGUGCUGUUAGAGGUAUGAGGGCGCUUAUCACUUCCCGGUUCCCCACACCGUGGAAGGGUUCUUUUGAAGGUGCCUGAAAAGGAAAUUGGAUUAGAGGUGGCCUUAGUGACCAGAGAGCGUGACCGCAGUGCCCAAGAGACAACUGCUUGAGGUCGGUCACAUACGACCUUUUUAUGGGUAAUUUUUGUGCUAGCUCCGUACUUGUUGAGACCUUACCGCCGGAGAAGGAUAUCCGUGGAAUAAGGCGAGGCGUGCAUUUUUUUAGGGCCGACCUUUUCUAACCCCACCCCUCCUUGUGGGAAGGUAGCUUCGCCAUCAUGCUGGUUGUCUUAAGGAAACACCUUACUGCUGUCACACCUCUGUACAGUCAGCAGUACGACUUCGCCCUCGAACCUUAGGUUUGUUGCUUUUAGUCUUACCGCUCUUCAACCGACCUGUCUGACAUGGUAGGACCUUGAGGAACGGUUGUUCCAGCCAGUAUAGCUCGGUUGCUUCAUCACGAUAGGCAAGCCCAACCACCACGUCAAGGUAGCAACAACGGUCGGGGAAUCUAAUGAUUAGUUCAUUUCAUUAUAUUUCCCUCUCACAGUAAUACAGUUUUCCUUGGUUUCGACUGACUUCAUGUUGUGACAAAACUACUUUCAUCAUUAUCAAAAGUUCAUUUUCGACCAGGCAAAUAUUUAAUUCGUAUAAUUUGUUGCUGAUACUUGUGAGAAUCCUCAAUCUAAAACUUGUCUUAUAACCCUCUGCGUCUUAUUUAUUUUGUUAAUUCUUAAGAGUGAACUAUACUGUAUGUACUUUUUUAGUUUCUAUAUGUUUAGGGUCAACUAUUCUAACAAUGGAAACAAAGGAUAAUCCCUCAAAGCCUUUUGUGUUUCCAGUCAUGAAAAAGACAAUCGAAGACCUAUUUACUAAGUCGAAAAUUACGAAAGAUGAUAUCGAAGCUUUCCAAGACAAAUAUUGGGAACAACUUGUUCCUAAUUUCAGUCAAGCACUGAAGCUUCUGGAUAUACACGGAGUUCCAAGACAUAAUAUUUUAUGGAGCAUAAACGAUCGCCUUAUGGAUGCUAUUAAGGCUAGAGUUGACUCGAAGCCUGAUGAUUGUGACCAUAAAAAAUGCCAAAAACUCUGGCAGAAGCUUAUCAAGACGGGAAUAGUGUAUAUUCAUCAUCCAUAUAUGCGUUCAUUAAUUAUGCAGGUUCUUGGUAAAAUGAAUUCGAUUAAAGAAAGGCAUGUCAACCUAAUUGUUGACAACAAAUAUUUAUAUGAUGAUGCUCCUUUACCGGUCUUACGUCAUAUUUGGGUUGCUCAUCCUCACAAAUUUCAAGAGGAAUUAGAUAAAGUCAUAGCAACAUUUCAAUCUACAUGGUCUUCCGCUAUUUUGGAUGCCCUUUCAAUGUCUAUCACGUCUACUGCAUCGACAACAGCUGAUCUCGUCCCAAUUCUUUAUUGGCCACCUCGUCGUCGUAGACGUGAUCCUUCAAUUGUACGGAUUGUUGAAAUGAUUGGAGAAGGACAAGUCUUGUAUGAUAAAACUAUAAGCAUACUUCGUGAUCAAUGUAUAAAAUGUGAAAAAGCGGCUUAUUCACUUAUGGAACAGCAAAUCAAAUCGACAAUUGGAAAUAAUAAUUCAUCUGAGGAAAUAGAUGAACAGCCACCACCAGCUAAACGAAGUAGACAACGCUUAUCAAGUAAAGAAAAAUCUUCAGAUAUAACACAACGUUUAGCUAAUCAACCUAUUCCAUAUAUCCCAUUAGCUUUUAUGCCUAAUCAACCUUCAGUUGCUUCAGCCACUUUAUGCACACUACGUUUUGAUUUAUUGAUGAGUUUAAACGAAGCGAAAAUUGAUCGACUGUGUGUUCCUGAUAGAAUUCAUCGUUUUGUCUGGUGCUUAGAUGCAUGUGUUCGCAAUCGUCGAAUUGAUCAAAGGCAUGCUAGUGAAUUAGCCUAUCAUUUACAGUUACAACGUCGUCGUUGGGCUAAAGAAACAGCUGAUGAAUGUCAUGAAUUAUAUGGAGAAUCUAAUGAGAAUAUCAGUGGAGAAAUGUCUAAACGUGGACAUUCUAGUUCUUCUCGCGGUAAAAAUUCUAAAAGUGGUAAAACCAAUCAAAAACAAUCUCCUUCAAGUACAGAAAAACAGUGCGAUUUAGAGGAUGUAGAAAAGACAGCUGAUGUAAACUUUUUAGAAAAAGAUAUGCAUAUGGCUUGUCGAGAUCCGUGGGUUGUUUACACCAUUUGUACAUCAUUAAUUCGUUACGUACUUAAUGGACUUUAUGAAGACAAAUUACCUCGGGAUAUACCUGAAGUACACUUACUUGUUCAUUUAUUAGUACUUGGCUUAGGAGACGAUUUAAUCCCGUAUUCUUGUUUACAAUUAAAAACUAAAGAAAGUUCUAUGAGUAAACGUAAUAGUACUACCGAUAUUGAUGAUCCUACAUUGAAUUGUCCAUCGAAAGCACUAAUUAGUUAUAUUUUACCAGCUGUUGCACAAUUACAAGUAUUAACAUGGAGAGCACAAGUGGCUGAAGAGAUUUUAACAUUAAGCAAUAAUUUAUGGCCUACUACUAGUUUGGAAAAUACUACUGGCAGUAGUAAUAGUAGUAGUGGUGGCGGGUUAACGCCAUCUAAUAAUAAUAAUAAUACAAAUCAACGACCAACAUCUCAUGAAUCAAGAGAAUCAUCUAACCCAUCAUCGUCAUCAUCAUCACCAUCAUCAUUGCCAACAACAUCACCACCAUUGGUUUGGCAAAAACGUAUUAAAGAUGCUACUCAAUGUGUCAAUAUAACUGUACCAUCAGGUUAUUUAGCACAUCCAAUUGGUUAUUUAAUUUUACAAUAUCAUUGUUUAUUUUGUUUAGAACGUAAUGAAUUAGCUACAUUACGUGCUUUAUUAAAAUUAGCUGUAACACUUGCACAAUCACGUGUAAAUCGUUCUAACCAUAAUAAAUCUACAACACAAUCUCAACCAAUUACACCAACAAAAGUGUUAUGUUCUGAUUCAUUAAGUUAUAAUAAUAAAUUUGGCCUAUCUGUUAUUUUUCGUUGGCGCCCAGAAGUUUUACAAGCUUUAGUUUUAGGGAUUUCACGUUUACCUCAAUCUGCGCCUGCUUUUGUGGAUAUUGAUCGAAAUACACACAUUACUGAAGGUUCUGUUGAAUCUUCUUUAAAUGAUAAUACUGGUCAAUCAGAUUCUGAUAAUAAUUCAUCUAAUAUAUCAUCUCUAGUUCGUACAAAUUCAAUGAUGUCAAAUAUAAUUUCUAACAAUGAAUUAGGAAAUAAUAUUAUUGGUUUUACUAAUGUCCUAAAUUCUACUUGUCAAAAUACUAAUCCAGAAUCUUACUCUACCAUAACAGGAUCAAUUGUUACGCGUGCGAAUUUAGCUGGUCUACUCAGAUCUAGUUUACCAUUAAUUAAUGAUGUACAAUUAUUAGCUCUUGCUCAAGUUGCCUUACUUGUUCCUGGACCAACGAGUACUAAUUUAGGAACUGGUGGUAUGUCUAGUAGUAGUGGUACCAAUGUAUCCUCCAUUCAUCCUUUAUCUUCUGGAACUACUACUACUGUCACUACAACUACUACGGAUGUUAGUAGUAUCAAUGAAUCUGUCUCAACUGCACCUAGUUUAAGUGAACGUGAAAGACUUGUCAAUACAUUAGCAAGACAUUGUAACAUUACAUCUGUUGGUAGUACUGGUACAUUGUCAACUACUGAUUCGAAUUUAUUAUUUGAAUCCGGUACACAACAAUCUGGUACAGCAGCAGGUACAACUGGAAGCUAUAAGUCAUCAAAUCCACGCGUUUUAGCUGCUUUGGAUGUUCUGCGUAAAGAUAUUGAAAAAUCCCAUAAUUCGCUUGCAUCACCGUUAACACCGACAAAUUUAGUUGGAAUUAAGACUGGACCUGGUGGUUAUAGUUCAUCAGCGUCAUCAUUAAAUGCAUCAGCAAAUCUCUUAACAAACUUUACUGGUUUCCAAAUGCCAGAUGCAUGGAUUGCUCCAUCGCCUCGUAGUCCUUUAUCGACUAAUAAAUAUUCACGUUUUGGUGCAGACUCACUACAGUCAUCGAAUAAUAGCAGUACAUCAUUAACUGGUACCAGCUUAUCAUCGUGUUACUCAUCAUCAUCAACAUCAUCUUAUGGUUUACAUUUGCCUAUUGGAACACCUCUUACUAAUCCAGGUCUAAUGGGAGCUACACCUCACCUAAGUAAUCUACAUAUUGGACAAGGUCAAAUGCCAAGUCUACGUAAACUACCAAAGCUUACUCCCUCACCUGAUCUAUUAUCAUCGUUAUCAUCAUCUUCUUCAAGGGAAUUCCGUACUCCUCUUUCGCCUAAUCCCAUUCAUCAGCAAAGAAAUAAGUUUGCCACUGAUACAUUGUAUGCUUCAUGCCCAUCUCCGGCUGUACAUCGACCAGAUGCCUCUCAUGAUAAUAGUAAUAUUGCUAUUCCUAGAUCUCCUUCACCACCACCUUCGUAAUAUAUUAUAUGAAUAAUUUUUCUCCUCCUACUGUAUUUCGUAUGUGUGUGUAAAGUUUUUGUAAUCUUAUCUGACUUAUUAACUCACCAAUCAACUACUGUUAAUUGGGAAUAAAAACAACUUAUGACAUGUAUUUAUAAACUUUGAACAGUUUCAUUCUAGUUAAAAUUCUAAUCUUGCCAUUUGGUAAAUAAAGAAGGAACGAAUUGAGCGAAGAAAUUUCUUUUCAAUUAGUUUUUCAUCAUGGCUCUACACUAAUAUAUAUACGUUUUACAAUAAUAAUAUAAUACUCAUCG